AUGAAAAAUUUAGUUAGAUGCUGUGAAAAGAGAAGUUUAGAGGAAACUGGACUUAUUAGAACCUAAACAUUAAUAUUAGUGGAAUGUGCAAGUGGGUCGUGGUUUCGCUUUGUCUUUAUAGGUGAGAUAUGUGGUAAUAGAAAAACAUCGGAUCAAGCAAAUGAAGAAUCUUACAAGCCAGUUUGGGUACAUAAUAUAGAAGAUUUACCACUUAGAUCUAAUGAUAUUAUUCCACUAAUAGAAAGAGGCAAAAAUUAUAUUCUGAUAAGCCUGGCCGACAACAUCCAUAUUUAAUGCCAUAUCAAAAACCACUUUCCAAUUAUAUUACAAAUAAUUAUUACUGCCAAAAAAAGAGCAACGAACAAAUUACAUGUAGUUAUAUUGGAUACAGAAUUGCGUCAUUUGCCUGUUGUGAAUCACCUAAUCGUAGUCGUCCUUUCCACCUUGCACAACUUUAUGACUGAAAUCUUUGGGACAGACCUGGCACCACAUAAACCACGAUUGUUAUUGGUUGAGUUUAGUGGAAAUCAUGAUGGAGAUGGUCUUUGUUUGUCAUUAUUAGUGUCUUUUAGUUACCGUAGAAGAGUACCCAUUAUUGGAAAAUACUUUUGGUACACAGCCUCAGAAAAUACAGCAGAAGCUAUUACAACUCGUUUACCCACGAAUAUGACCCGUGCCAUUAAAUGGCCAACAAUUAUUAAGGAAGUUGUAUAUACCAUAAUUGUUGCUAACACAGAUUACAAAAUUUGUGCAUGCAAAAGAGUUGUGCCAAAUUGGUUCCAAAACAUCUCUGUUAUAAAUGAGUUUUUGGCCAACAAAGAUAUUUCUGUGGUUCCACAACCUCCAUACUCUUCUGAUUUGAGUUCGUGGCUUUUUUUUUUCAAGAAAAUCAAAAACUAUCCCAAAGGAUAUCACUUUGGAACUGUGGAUAACAUUCAAAAGAUUAUAACUGACUAA